UUGACCGGCCGCCUCGGGGCGAUCGACACGGUUUACCAAUCGACUGUUAUUAUGCGGUGGCCGAAAAGCGAUCCCUGUGCUCUUCACAAACCCCCUCCAGACGCGCGACCUUCCAUCCCUUCCGCCAAGAGAUUAGACCCACGCUUCGACAAUGUACGUCAGAAAAGCUAAAUAGAAAAAGAGGAAGGGAAAGGUAUACAGGAAAAGUGGGGAAGAUGCCCGGCUCCUAUACGGGAGUAGUAAUUCUCCUCUUGUUAGGGGCUUCUAUGCUAGUAUCCGGCACUGCGGAUGCUGCUAAGUCUCUCAGAGCGGCCAAGGCUAGGCUGAAAUCGUCUGAAGCAUCGUGGCGGAUAGUGGUAUGUUUAACUCAGCCUCAGACUCCUUUGAAGCCAGACGUACAGAGAGCAUGGGAGCAAGCGAGACUGGAAUCAUUUCACGCGGACAUGGAAGUGUCGUAUAUAGAAGCAAGGAUGACACCCAUGACGGAUUCCUUGUCAUAUCCCUUAUCAUUGUUAAACAAAUUUUGUACAGACAUCGAAGGCGGAAAGACAGUAUUAAGCCUUAUUAUAGGGGGAGGUUCGGCAGCUAGAUUUCUCGUCACGGCUGCCGCCGCCUUGAAUCUACCAGCUCUGUGGUUGCCAUUUACACACAGAGACUUUCUCCGGCAGGGAAACCUCGGUCGGUUUGAGAACCGCAUAGGCUCCAGCUCGAAGGAGGUCGGAGCCGCGGCUGCCGCUCUAAUGCAUCGGGCUAACUGGCACGCGUUCACCCUCCUCAUCGACACCACACUCUUACCCGUGACCCACCUCCUGCAGACGAAUCAGCCGACGCUGACGCCUCGCGCGAUUAUACACCUACCAACGAACGACAGGACACUGAGGUUGCGACUGAGGCGGGUGGCCGAGGAGGGUGGCACCGGCGGAGUCGUGGUGAUGGCCUGCGACCUGAGCAACGCGCGGAAGAUCCUCGGCGCGGCCGGCAAGUUCGAGAUGCUCACCGGUAGAUUCCUGUGGCUCUGGCUGGACCUGAAGGCCGAGCUGCGGCCCAAUGAGCCCAACAUCAUCAGCUCGCACGUCCUCCACAGCCCGAGAGUCGCGGUCGCGGCGACGAACGACAAGACGCCGCUCGAGCGGAUGACGAAUCUCGCGACGUCGAACGAACGGGGACUCUCGCUCAAUCCGUUGCCGAAUCUGGCCAAUGACAUACAUCGACUGCAGGAGUACAGGUGGAGGGACGAGAAGAAGACGGUGAGCAAGCGGGAGGACAGGAGCUUUAAUUUCGACGAAGACGACGACAUCAGGCUCACCAGCGACAAAGAGCUCAACUCCAAGAGCUUCAUGCCGGUCGGCAUGCUCGCGCUCAGACCGUCCGGCAUCAAGAUCAUGAGCGGCGACACCAUACUGUCCAGGAUACUGCGCGGAAUGUCACAGGCGUUGGACGAGACCUUCCUGGAGACGAAGGCGAGGGUCGCCCGUCUGCGAGAGCCCCAGCUCAAGGAGCACUUUACAUCGGAAUGCUUCCCGGAACGUAACGCCAAGUUCUUGACGAGCGACGUCCGGCAAAACGUGUCUAUGACGUUGACCAGGAAGUUGAGGAAAUCCAUGGGACAGAUCUCCAAGGACAAGGCGGAGUUCCAGCUGCUGAACCUGCAAGCCAUUCGAUUUCCUGGGAAUAAGACUCAAUUAAGGUGGACCAAAGUCGGCACCAUCAAAGGCGGCAGAGAGGUGCGGCUGGACACGAUAAUCUGGCCGGGCGGCGGCAUCAUGCCGGCGUAUCUCGAGCAGGGCGGCGAGAAGAUCGGUAUGCCGGUGUAUCGCAUAGUGACCGCGAUGGCGUCGCCGUUCACUAUGGUGACGAAGCUGCAGGAGGGCUUCUGCCUGCGCGGUCUGACCUGUCGCCAAGGUAACGACAUGGUGUGCUGCUACGGCCUCAGCAUGGACCUGUUGACGUUGGUGGCGCGCGAGCUCGGCUUCCGCUUCAACCUCUACCUGGCCGAAGACGGCCUGUUCGGCAAGCGAAACGGCAGGAGCGGCACGUGGAACGGCGUGAUGGGCGAGCUGGUGUCCGGCCGAGCGCAGCUGGCCUUCGCGCCGAUGAGCGUUUCCGCGCACCGGGCCGAGGUGGUCGACUUCACCACGCCGUACUACUUCAGCGGCGUGAGCUUCCUCACGGCGCCGAAGCUGCGCUCCGAGAUACCGCUGUUCGCCUUCCUCUUCCCGUUCAGCACGGAACUGUGGAUCGCCGUGUUCACGUCCUUGAACUUCACCGCGAUCGCGGUCGCGCUCUACGAGUGGUUCAGCCCGUUCGGCCUGAAUCCCUGGGGCAGGCAGCGCAGCAAGAACUUCUCCAUAGCGUCCGCCCUGUGGGUGAUGUGGGGCCUGCUGUGCGGCCACCUCGUCGCCUUCAAAGCCCCCAAAUCCUGGCCUAACAAGUUCCUCAUCAAUAUCUGGGGCGGCUUCUCCGUCAUCUUCGUGGCCUCGUACACCGCCAACAUAGCCGCCCUCAUCGCCGGUCUCUUUUUUCACUCAGCAGUGAGCAAUUAUCAUGACAAAAGCCUGCUGGCGCAGAGGGUCGGCGCGCCGAGGGCGUCCGCGGCCGAGUACUACGUGCAGAGAGCGAAUCCACAGUUGUGGUCCCACAUGUCUCGGUAUUCCCUAUCGGACGUCGCCGAGGGCGUAGAAAGGUUGAGAAACGGCAGCCUGGACAUCCUGAUCGCCGACACACCAAUUUUAGACUAUUAUCGAGGGACCGACGAAGGCUGCCGCUUGCAGAAGAUCGGCGACACCAUCAACGAAGACACUUACGCGAUCGCGCUCACCAAGGGGCAUCCCCUCAAGGAGAGCAUAUCUAAAGUUAUAGCGAACUACACGAGCAACGGCUUGCUCGAUAUUCUGCAGGAGAAAUGGUACGGCGGUCUACCCUGCAUCGGCGGCCGACAAGGCAUAGACCCGAUGCUGGAUCCUGAGCCGGGCGGCCAACCCAGACCGCUGGGAAUAGCGUCUGUGGCCGGGGUGUUCUGCCUGCUUCUGAUGGGCCUGGUGCUCGGCAUCAUCAUAUUAGCGGGCGAGCACUUGUUCUACAAGUAUACGCUUCCGCGACUGCGGCACAGGCCGGAGGACUCGAUCUGGCGCAGUCGUAACGUCAUGUUCUUCUCGCAAAAAUUGUACAGAUUCAUCAAUUGCGUGGAGCUGGUCUCGCCGCAUCAUGCCGCCCGCGAACUGGUGCACACGGUGCGGCAGGGCCAGAUCGCGUCACUUUUCCAGAAGAGCGUCAAACGAAAGGAACACGAACAACGCCGCAGACGUAAAAGUAAGGCGCAAUUCUUCGAGAUGAUCCAGGAGAUCCGGAGAGUUCAACAAGAAGAGAAGAUUGAGACGGCGCCGGAAGAGUCCGACGCUGCGAAGACGCUGAAGAAGGACGAGAAGCUGGGGAAAGGCCGGGAGAGGAGUCGCAGCAAGAGCCCGUUGAUGCCGCGCAGCCCCAAGCGCUCGGAGAAGAGCCGGAGCUCCACGAACCUGUCGGCGUCGCGUCUCGGGCUGUCACCGGUGAGUCUGGACGCGCCGAUGAAGCCACGCGAGUUCACGCUGAGCAGCACGAAUCUGCGCGCGAGGAGCCCGCUGGAGACGGUCGGCCGCAGGCUGAGCCACGGGGACGGCGGCUCGCCGCCGCCGCGUCUCGGUUCCCACUUCGGCGGCAGUGCCACGUUGCGCCCGUUGGCGCCCACUCGAAGCGACUCGACCGGUGGUACUCCCGUCGUCGCGAAGGGCGACUCUUCAGUGAGCGGCGCGCCCACGCCGAGAUACUCCCGCAGCCCGGCCAAGCGAGGCCAGUCCUUCCCGGUGUUCGCCACCCUGAGGCCGCCGCAUUCGGCCAGCUACCAGGCGUCGAAGAGCCCGCUGUUGUCGCCGAACAGCGAGCUCACAUCCGCCAUUGGUAGGAAGCUGUCUCGCGAGUGGGGCUCCGGCACCAUAGACCUCACCAGGUCGUCCGAGGCCAUAGGCAGCAACGGUGGCGGCGGCGGCGGUGGCGGCGGCGGUGGCGCUGGUGGUUCGACGUACACGUUGAAUCAGGAGAUGACGCUCUCGCUGGGCCGUUCCGAGCAGGACAGCUCGCAGCAGGAGAUAGCGUUGCCGAUGAAGAAGCCCAUACGACGCGCCAGAAGCCACGAGAAUCGCGAGAGCGGCAAGCUGAUGGCGGACCUGCCGUCGCCGAGAUUGACCCAGCCGGUAGUGGGCGGCCGUUCGGUGAGCGAGCGUACCAAGAAGCAGCUGGAGUCCGAGCUGAAGGCGAUUCUAAGUGCCAGGGCCCACCAUCGCGACCUGCAUCCCCCUUGAUAGGAAGAGCCCUCCUCGCGCUGAGAGAGUUCUUGAUAGCGACGGCGGCUUGAGGGGAGGAGGAUCGCUCUCGAAGCCUCUGAGGGGCUUUCAUUGAUUUAAGCAAUAUCAGAUUUAUAGGUCAAUUUGUAGAGGAAAAUCCGACACACUUAUCAAGAGAAAUUACGAACUGGUUCUCGCGCGCGCGCGAGGCCGCGAGGAAGAGAGAGAGAGAGAGAGACACAUACACACACAUACGAUCACUUCGAACACGAGGGAAAGUUUUGUGCGUGAGGAGGGACAGGGCGGUAAGAAACGGGCUGGGACUGGAAACGGGGGAAAGAUCUCUUUGAUUGUUCAUACGUUGUUACGUACAUUAAUAAUCUAGGAUACGUUGAUAAACAAAAGUGCGCUAUAAACUUUAGUAGAGAUGUCUUAAAUAGGUAGCGAGGUACACGAAUACUAAGAUAUUUUCUUGUUGGCAUUUUAACUCUACAUUAACCGGCAGCCUGGGUGAGUCUCUCUCGAUUGCUAUGGUAUACCAGACAUUGUAACGCUGCAGCGUUUCUCAACUCGGAACUUUCGGCGAUCCACGGACACGCACACGUAGCUCCGUCGAGUUUCCGUCGCGUUAGUACGCGACGACACGAGAGAUUUCCUCCAGACGAAACUAUUGACUUUUGAACUUUAAAAAGCGACACGCACUACAGCAUCCAUUAGACAUUGUCCCUCUGGGAGUGUAAAUAUGUCAAAACAGAUCGUAUAUAUAACAUACGAACAUUGUAAAUAUGGUAGAACGUUUCUCGGACAAGACGAUGACAAACGAUAAACUGUCGGCUGUCGGUUAUUUUAUCAAGCGGCGCGAUAAUGCCGCGAGACAAGUCAAGUACAUAAAUUUAUCUAUAUUACGAGAGACUGUCUCACGGGAAAGUUGAGAAACGCUGGUUUACCGAACUUCGUCGAAUUGGACUGCAUACUGCCACUUUAAUAAUUCCUGUGACUGCGAAAGGAGAGAGACUCGCUCGAUGGACUCUCGGCGUAGAAUGACCACUUUAACUGCGAAGACGCAUAAUCUUACAAUUAUCGCGCGCCUGUCGAAACGAGGCUGGGGGGGAAUUAGGAGCGGAUGAAAUUUCAAUCGAGUCUGAAACGGUAUACUCGUGAAGAAACGAAAAAGAGAGGAGAUGACAAACGGGUUACACUCGAGACACCGGCAAGUCAGGUCCGGCAAGUGCGUGAGAGAGAAAGAGAUUUCGCAGCCGUACCGCGGACCCUCCGCGACUCACCAUUAUUUCCUAACGAAGCAGUGCCAAAGGAUCGGUAUCACGCGACAACUUAGUCGAUCGAUGAUAGUUUGCUUUCCGUUUACGUGAGAUUUAAUGUAACAUACGUACUCUUAGCGAGGCGGGAACCCGAGAUUAUCGACGUUUAACGCGAUAAUCCCGACCGUGUUCGUUCGCCGCGACUUCGCGAGGCACGACUUCCGACGGUUUUACUAGACUGAUAGAUGAGAAAAAAACUUUCAUUCAGGAAUUGUAAAUGAAACAUUAUCGGAAUUGAAUAAUUGUUAUUUACUGAUCGAUGUGCAUGUCCCAUCUUCGUCUACGAGAUCUUUCGAUUCACUUUCGAUGAGAGAGAGAGAGGAGGGCGAAUUCGUCUAGUCUCGUUAAUUAUUACUUAACUUAGAUAGUAGCGUGGAUGUGUGGGACUAAACUGACUAAUUACUUUAAAGGGAAUUAAAAGAGGAAGAGAGAAAGAGAGAAAGAGAGAGAGAGAGAGAGAGAGAGAAAAGAAGAGAAGAAGCAGAGAAGUGAGAAAAGGGAAAUUCAUGAGCGAGGCCUUAGGAGUAGUCGUAUCCGCCCAAAAUACUUUACUCUAUAGUACUACUGUACUCGAAUAUUUCACUACAUUAUAUUACACUAGAAGAUAGACAUUUAGUUUUCGUAGUUCUCUCGGUAGAAAGAAAGAAAGAAAGGAAAAAAAACGCUACUGUAUUCGGAAAAAAAAAAAAAACUUAACGACUAAGUCCCUCGUCGAGUCCUUAUUAGCGGGUAGUGAUCUCCGUGUGUGAGUGUAUGCGCGACUAUCACCGAAUGCAGCGAGUGAUGACAAUGCUGCUAACUGCGGGCGAACAGCGGCAGCAACAGCAGCGUAGGGUCGUAGACUACACUUCCACAUUCGGUAAUUAGAGAGUGUCACUGUCUUUGUUAGUAGUCGUGGUCGAUAGUCUUGUGAGAGAGAGAGAGAGAGAGAGAGAAAGAGAGAGAGAGAGAGAGAGAGAGAGAUAUCUCGGUUGCACGCGCGUGCAACGUCGUCAACGUGACGUGAACGCGCGCCGGCGAACCGCUGUUUCGAUGAAAGUGUCUCCUGAAUGAUUGCGCUAAAAAAAAAACGUUAAUUUCGCGCGUUCAGCAAAACUCCGCGCGCCGUCGUUUCGUUACUUUCUUCCUUUCUUCCUCCUUUCUUCCUUUCCUUCCUUCUUUCUUGCGCAAGCUAAAUUUCCGGUCGAUCGCGACUUCGCACUCCUCGUCUUCUCGCUUACGUUCCGCUCGCGCGACUUUCGUAAACUUGUUCGCUAACUUGAAGCUCCUUCUCCGCGCGUUUUUCCCCUUCUCCUUUCCUCUGUCGGUCCUCUUCUCGCGCGCGCACGUCACUUUCUUUCCCUUCGAUCGCGCUCUAUUCGAUCUCGUUAUUCGGACGGCUAAAUUAUUAUUAUUAUUAGCGUCGCGUCGAGCUCCGAGGAGAUUCGCGCGAUUAUUCGGAGCUUGCAUUUCUUGCUGCUGAGAGAAAACGGCGCGCGCUACAGCGAACUGUAGUGUGUUCCGUGCCGCCGCGAUUAAUUCAGGAAGUGAUCAAAAUAUACAAAACAUAGGGGGCCAGUCUAGAGUCACCCGCGCCUAAAGAGAAAUCAAAGAUAGACUUAUUAAAUUAUAAUUUUAGCUGUAAUUCUCUUUGUAAACGUGUGGGUUCUGCCGGUAAUUUGGUUCAGUAGGGCUCUGCUCUCCGUUUCCUUUUCGCGCGUUUCCGUUCCCGUGAAGCGUCUCGGGGGAGGGAAGGUCCCGGCGUCCCUCCUGUGCGCUCACCCCUGUACAUACGUGUCUUCUACUAGAUACCUGAAAGGAACACUAUUGCACUGAAUUAAAGGUCGAGCCCCCUACUUCUUUGUGCGCCAACAAGAGCCUGUUAGUCACCGUCACGUGCGCAUGGAAAGAUAAGAGCGAGGAUGCGCUUAGUCGCCCCCGUUCGUCGUCGUUUCCGAGCGAGGAUCUCACCCUUCCUUUCUAACGCGCGAAAUCUCCGGGACACGCUCGCAAACAAACACGUUUCCACACCGGUCUCACUGCGGAUGGAUGAAUGAAUCUGCGAUCCCGUGUACCGUUGCAACGCGAUAAUGAUGAGCGAGCGACGCGAGCGGUGGAUGCUGGAGGCUCGCAGGCAGCCUUGAGAGCGCGACCACGACGUGUUUUCACGAUUACUCCGGAAGAAUGUCGGAGACACUUGAUGUUGUGAUGAGACACAAAAUAUAUAUAUAUAUAUACACACACUCGCGCGUAUACACAUAUAUACAUAUAUCAGGAUUUCACUCUUUCACCGUUUGAUAAUUUUUAUCGAAUAUUCUCUGAGGCGCAUCUUAAGGUGCUUAUCAUUAUCUCAUUGCAAAGUGCACGGUGUUAAUAUUGUAUCAAGUAUCUGGAGUUACCGGCCUAUGCACGAUACACGAGCGAGCGAUUUCAUUCGUCAUACGUGUCACGCGUCUCUCGUUCCGUCAAAGAGAGAGAGAGAGAAAGAGAGAAAGAGAGAGAGAGAGAGAGAGGAGCUCGAAUCUCCGAUGCGCAAUGCUCUCGGUCGCGUGGCGCGGUGCAGUCGCUCUUCUCUUUCCACAAACUGAGACAGCAUCGCGCAUUGUACUGGACAAUGCAAGGGGAAAACAAGUACAAUCCGCAUGUACUGCGCGCAGCGCAAGAUCGCACGAGCAGGCUCGUCCCUCGAUGAGAGGAAACUUCUCGCGGGAAAACAAGCAGCGAGCGGAUACACUUCGAUCAUUACGCAGUCAGAAUCCGUUGUCUCAAGAAACGUGCUUAACGACGAAUUGAAUUAUCGGAUUUUCAUCACACAAACACACACACACACACACGCAUGGUUUACCACGUGAACGCCUCAUUGUCACCAUUGUCGCGUUGAUUCACGGCGUCAUAUAUUAAUUCACUCACUCAACGGGCAAUAAGAUUAUUCUACAAAGCACUGCCAUAAUUUGAACUGUUGUUACGUUGAUUUUAAAAUCCUGCCAAGUAAUACCACUAUUUAAUAUUAUCUAACGAACGGGUCCUAUCCUAUGCUAAGUGAUGAAUUAACGUAGGCAAAAGUCCCGUGUGCUGCUGUCAAAGUGUUCCUUUACGCUUUAUCGUCCGAGUUUGUAUCGCGUCAGAAUAAUCGUUACAUCUUUCCGACCCCUUCACUGCCACACCAUUUUUCUCGAUCGGUCUUGAAACGCCAAAAACGAAAAGGUCCUCGAAAAUCAAUGUCAUUUACGCAAGGGUUUUUGAUGAUACUGACGACGGAUUUCAAGUCAAAUUAUAAAAUUUUCUUGUCAUAAACUCAAAAAAGGAUAGCUAAUAUGGCGAAUUUUAAUUGAAAUUUGAUGUUAGUUUGCAAUGAAUACAGAAGUCUUUUGAACUAUCUAAAUGUUAUAUUUAAUUAAUCGUAAAACUUGAAUAUACUAAAAUAUCUCGUAACGAGAAUACCCGAAAAUUCGACAAAUUCUCUUUUUUCUGAAGCAACAUUUUGCAAAUACGACUUUAAAAUCACAUUCAGCACACUCAAAAACCCUUAAAUAUAUCGUGUUUCAAUUCCCUUCCUUAUAUUCUUUUCUUGAGGCAAUAUUUUGCAAAUCAGAUUCAAAAAUCGUGCACAGCACACUUUAGUUACACUUUGCUUCAAUGAAUAAAAUUACUUAGGGACUGAUCACUUCGGCACUGGUAUAACAAAAUAUUUCACGACAAGAAAAUGCAUUUCCGCGAUAACGAAGACAAACUCCAAAAUUAUAAGAAUUCUCGUCAUCGGCAGUCAAGGGGUUAAAUAACUCUUGAUCAUUUCUUUCUACGUGUAACAUAUUGUUAUAUAUUUGGUCAUUUCCUUCGAUAUAUCUUCUAAUUAUUACAUACUAAUUUAAGUUACCUUUUCUUUAUUACUUCGAAUCAUUGUUAGCAAUUAUUUCAAGCGCUUUCAGUCCUGGUUAACAUGUUCGCGUGUUGUGAUCGUACAGCAACAGGUUUCGGAAAAUCCUCGAGAGAUAUUGCCACAUGAUCGGACAUCGUCAUUACGUAUCGCAUUGUAGACUUUCAUUUCAGCAUGCGACCUUUUGAUUUGUCACUUGGUAAGGACCGGCUAUAAUAUAAUGUAACGCAUUAGACUUUAUGGAAUAAUUAAUCGUAAGAUUAAUAUAGCAUGGCUCUUCCGUUCGUAUAAUUAUUAAGUGAGUUACCGUGGCGCGUACCCUUGUUCUCACACCGCAUACUUGGAUACGCAAACCGCGUACGAAGCGACAGUUUAAUCCUCGAACGGUCGCGCUGGCGCACAUAAUGCGCCGUCCGAUAGAUACUUCAGACUACCUUCCCGCCUUUUCUCCUCUCUCUCUCUCUCUCUCUCUCUCACUCCCCCCCUCUCUCUCUCUCUCUCUAGAUAUCCUUCAGAGUAAUAUUAAUAUUAUAACUUUACAUACACGCAAAUCGGCAUCGAAAUAACGAAAAGGAAAAACGGGAGAACUCCAGUUGCACCAUUUCGAAAAAAUGCCAAGAUGUUCAUUUUAAAAUGCAAGCAAAGUCGUAUUCUUCUACAUGAUACUUAUUAUAUUAUUGCGAACUGCACAAGGCGAUUUGCAAUGGUACAAUAAUAACUACGGUAUUUUGAGAUGAACAACCUAUGAGCAAGUGGCGCACGCAGUGCGCCAACGCGCGUACGAUUGAAUUUUAUCCCGCAACGGCUGCUCGCCGAGCCGCAGACUGUCGAUCCCGUUCGAGAAUUAAACAUUUCGCACGUAGUUUACGCAUAAUCGCCCGACAUGCGCCAAUUUAUCGUGACGAUAGUGAUCGCUCGGCGUCGUAGCGUAGAGGAAUCACGCAUACACACACG